ACCCCAAACUCGAAAACAAAACCAGUCUCGCGAUCGCGUCAAUCGCUUCCAACUUUUCAAAGAGGUAAGUCUGAAGAGUGAAGAAGAAGUCGAGUUUGUGCUUUUCUCCCGAGACCACAAGAAGAAGAUGAACCAGGGCGAUCUGCACAAGGUAUGGGAAAUCAAGGCCCUGAAGAGGAAGCCUGCAGAAGACGAAGCCCGGAAGAUCCUCGAGCGGAUCGCCCAUCAGGUUCAACCCAUCAUGCGCAAGCGUCGGUGGAGGGUCAUGCUUCUCUUUGAAUUCUGUCCAACGAAUGCGCGUCUUCUGGGUUUGAAUGUGGGUCGUGGCGCGCAUGUGAAGCUGAGGCUUCGCAGGCCUAAUAGAGACGAUCUUUUCUAUCCUUAUGAUCAAGUCCUCGACACAGUGCUUCUCAAGCUCUGCCACGACGUGCACGGCCCUCACGAUGCCAAGUUCUACAAGCUCUGGGAUGAACUUAGAAAGGAGUGUGAGGAGUUGAUGGCCAAUGGAAUGACCGGCACCGGCCAGGGUUUUGAUCUUCCUGGGAGGCGUCUUGGUGGUUUCUCUAAAAAGCCACAUAUUUCACAACUGCGGCAAACUGCUUGGGCUGCUGCAGAGAGGAGAGCAGUUUUGGGUUCUCUCCUACCAUCUGGACCGAGGCGUCUUGGUGGCAAUAGUAGCAUCAUGGUACUUAGUUCAGCACAAGCUGCUGCAAUGGCUGCAGAAAGGAGAUUGCAGGAUGACAUCUGGUGUGGCUCUAAAUUCGAAGAUGGCGGCGGGGAUGAAAAAAGUAACCCUGAUAUUCUGCUUAAUAUAGAGAAUGAGAUCAAAACCCCUUCAAAAUCGAGGCAUGAUAAUGCAGGAAGCCAAGCUUCGCAUUCGAUCUCUCGGAAAAGAAUUCGUGAAACGAAUGAAGCUUCAGCUUCACAAUCAUCCAGCAGUGAUGUGGAUCAGAAUUAUGUGGAUUUAACAGGGAAUGACAGGACAUGUGGCGCAGCAGAUGAUCUCAGCUGUGCCCAUCAGAGAAGAAAAUUUGAAUCAGAUAAUGUAUUCGAUUCUAAAUUCAAAUGUCAUCUGGGGAAUGCUUCAUUUGGCAUGCAAUACAAUUUGACCUCUCGGCCAGGGCUUAAGGGCACUGCUAAACAUCCUUCAGUUGAGCUCCUUAUGUGGGCAUGUGGAAUAUGCACCUUAUUAAAUCCUCCACUUGCUCCAAUCUGUAAGAUUUGUGGUUCAGAAAGGCUCAAGGAUGAGGGCUCCAAAUUCAAGUCGUGGUCUUGUAAAUUCUGCACGAUGGAUAAUAGUGUCGAGUUAGAGAGAUGUUCCGCUUGUGAGCAGUGGAGAUAUUCACAUGGGCCUCCAGUGUCAGCAAGAGCACCGUGCCAGGGUGAUUGAGAGUUUGUCAUGUCGGUGGAGCUAAGGAAACAUCACUGUGCCUGUCAACGUUCUUCAUAAGAUACUUUUCUAAACUUGAGCAUUCCCAAUGCUUUUUUGGACUAACUAUAUCAACAUUGUUGCAGCUGUGCAUCUCAUAAUUUGAUGGCGGUCUUAGUGACCACCAUAGUUCACUCAAGCAAGGUCAAUGCAGAUAAUGUACAUCCAAAGUAUGGCCGCGGAUAAUGGGUUCUAUUGUUCAGGCGCGGGCAAGAGUUGCCAAUCAAGACAGGGUUCUUGGCUUGAAGGAGCUAGCAAUUGACUGACAAAGAGUGACUAAGAGUUCAGAUCUCUCAUUAACAUAAAGCCCACAAUUAGAGAAAAAACUAUCAGUUUUGAGAGGUCAUCAUGUCAUGAAGACGCACAAAAAGCAUUUGCUGAAUUGUGAGUGUGCCCUGCACAUCGCUGCAUUACAAGGCCCAUGGCUGGUUGAUAGUUCUUCAUCGUCAGAUUAACAUAUCGAUUGCUUCUGUGUGCUGGGCUUUUUCUUCAAUUGAAAAAUCUAGUGUUGAGGUGAAAAAGUCGAUUUGG